AUGAGCAUUUCCGGGUGUCCAGCAAUUGAUGAGUUGAUCAACACUCUCCAUUUUAGAUGGUUUCGUUUCUCGGCAUUUAAAGACAAAACUAGCGUUGGUUCAACAAAUUUUUAUGCAACGUACCAACCUACAGAGAUACCUACAGCAGAUAGGUUCGUAGGUACGCAAGUUGUGCUGAAGAUGGUCGAAGCUAACGGUGGAUCUUUAUAUGAAGAAAUAGAAGAUGUUAUAAAGAGUAUGCGUGAAGAUAACGAUUCAGAGUGGGAUGUCAUUUAUUCCAAGAGUACCAGUCUCUUACCGCACACUAAGAAAACAAUUAUGUGCUCUAGCACGUUGCAUCCCCUCAAAGAAUUUUCUCAUGUAUUUAUUGGAGGAGACAGCGGACAGUAUUAUCUUGAAAUUAAUAAUGAAACUGCAUUUAG